AACAGCAAGCCAUCCGCCAUAAACAGGUAGGCUGCGGGAGUGGUCCUUAUAUAAAGACCGCAAGAUUCGUCCAUUUGGACGUCUCUUUUCCCAUGAAUCUUUGCAGCUCGGGUACUGUUCCAUUUCCUCCCAAACAAUAAAAAAAAUUAUUCUUUAUGAUGAAAUUUGCAUUGGCUUUUCUGUUGGGCCUUGUGGUGAUCUCCAAUCAACAGUUUCAUCAGCAACCAACAAACGAUAGGAUUCUUUGGCUGUUGACUUAUUACUCGCCCACCAUUCGUGACUACAAUUAUCAACCUGUUAAUUACGACGUCAGUGAAGAUGUCGGACCUCCGACGUUCUUUAAACAAUUAACACCUUCAUCCAAAAAUCCAAUUCCCUCACAGGUAAAAGAACCAUUUUCGAAUAUCAUCCAAAAUUCAAAAAGUGCACAAGAAGAUCAAUUUCCAGACGUUGAGUUAAGAAACAAAUUAGGCAACAGCCGUUAUCGGCCCUCGUUUUUGCAACAACUGAAACCGCAAUUCAAGCCGCGAAUCGUCAUUAACUUGGCCAGUCGAACCAAUCUUCUCAACAAAGUGAAAACGAUCACCGUUACGUUCACCUCGUCUGUGACCUUCACCAGCGUGCAAUCGUGCAUUCCUAGUACCGAAUUUUUCCCCGGUUUGACUGCCGUAGCUUGUCGUCGAAAGCGACGUGAACAUGACGAAUCCCCAGAUAAUAAAUUGGCAACACUCCAGCAGUUUGCCAUCACCCCAUCAAACGUACAAGCGGUGGAGACAACAGUUCUGUCUCUGGUAGAUCCAACUGCAGUCAAACCUGGAAACGAUGCGAUUGUUAAUCAAGGAAUUGUUUCUUCUAAAGAUGAAGACACUCUGGAUGGAUGGCCGAGCGUAACGCUAAAUCCGUUGGGGUACUCUAGAGGUGAAAGAUUCUUCUUCCAUCUUGUGACGACGACGACAGCCAUCAGCUACACGUUCCUGUCGACGACAGUCACGAAAACAGUUAACCUGUUGAACCCAUUUUUGGGGGCAGGACAACUGGUUUGUCUUCCACAAGGUUACGCCGUCUGCCCUUUUACCGAGCCAUUCUUCGGCUAACGUCAACAAGUCAACUUCAAAAUUCUAUUAACUUAUUUGUUUAUUUUGGAAGAGAUUUUUGCUUGUUACAUUGGUUUAUUUCAACCAAUCUACUUACACAUUCACGCUCAACGUAUUCUUAUAGUAUUAACGAUUUCGCAAUACAGUGUCUACACCGUUGAUGUAUCCGCAAAGAAAAUAUAAUCAGGAU